GGGUCCCUCCUCCGCAGUACCCGGAGUGCCUCUAUGGUUCUUCCUGUCCUUAGUCGGGAGGGGGCGCUGUGCGCAGGCGCGAGGUGACGCCGCGGCAGGGCCGGAAGGAGUGCAGCGGCUGCCACGGAGCUCGCAGCUGCGGCUUCUGAGGAGUAAGCGGCGCGGUAGCGAAGGCCGCCGAACCUGCCUGGCUAGCCGGCGACUUGAGUGACGACCCUUUUGAAGCAGAUGGUCACCAUGUUUAGGUAUUAGCAGUCCCGUAUGUGCAUGUCUGCAUUUGAAAAUGGAAGAGGGAAACAACAAUGAAGAGGUAAUUCACUUGAACAACUUUCACUGCCAUCGGGGACAAGAGUGGAUCAAUCUCAGAGAUGGGCCCAUCACCAUAUCUGACUCCUCAGAUGAGGAAAGGAUUCCAAUGCUGGUCACCCCAGCUCCUCAGCAGCAUGAAGAAGAGGACCUGGAUGAUGAUGUCAUCCUGACAGAAGAUGAUUCUGAGGAUGACUACGGUGAAUUUCUGGAUCUUGGGCCUCCUGGAAUCUCUGAAUUCACUAAGCCAAGUGGCCAAACAGAAAGAGAACCCAAGCCUGGACCGAGUCAUAACCAAGCAGCAAAUGACAUUGUCAACCCCAGAUCAGAGCAGAAAGUCAUCAUCUUGGAAGAAGGUAGCCUUCUUUACACAGAAAGCGAUCCUUUGGAAACUCAGAACCAGUCAUCCGAAGACUCAGAGACAGAGCUGUUAUCAAAUCUAGGAGAGUCAGCUGCUCUAGCAGAUGAUCAGGCCAUCGAAGAAGACUGCUGGUUAGAUCAUCCUUACUUCCAGUCUCUGAACCAACAGCCCCGUGAAAUAACAAACCAGGUUGUUCCUCAGGAACGGCAGCCUGAAGCAGAACUGGGCCGCUUGUUGUUUCAGCAUGAAUUCCCAGGGCCCGCUUUUCCAAGGCCGGAACCCCAGCAAGGUGGGAUUUCAGGCCCCUCUUCUCCUCAGCCUGCCCAUCCUCUAGGAGAGUUUGAAGACCAACAGUUAGCAAGUGAUGAUGAAGAGCCAGGUCCAGCCUUUCCAAUGCAAGAAUCUCAAGAGCCCAAUUUGGAAAACAUUUGGGGGCAAGAAGCUGCAGAGGUAGAUCAAGAACUCGUUGAACUACUAGUGAAAGAAACGGAAGCAAGAUUUCCAGAUGUAGCAAAUGGGUUUAUUGAGGAAAUAAUUCAUUUUAAGAAUUAUUAUGAUCUGAAUGUACUUUGUAAUUUUCUUCUGGAAAACCCAGAUUAUCCAAAGAGAGAAGAUAGAAUCAUUAUAAAUCCCAGUAGCAGUCUGCUGGCCAGCCAAGAUGAGACAAAGUUGCCUAAAAUAGACUUUUUUGACUAUUCUAAAUUGACCCCUCUUGACCAGCGCUGCUUCAUCCAAGCUGCUGACCUCCUCAUGGCCGACUUCAAAGUGCUCAGUAGUCAGGACAUCAAGUGGGCCCUGCACGAGCUCAAAGGACACUAUGCAAUCACCCGAAAGGCCUUGUCUGAUGCCAUUAAAAAAUGGCAGGAGCUGUCACCAGAAACCAGUGGAAAAAGGAAGAAGAGAAAACAAAUGAACCAGUAUUCUUACAUUGAUUUCAAGUUUGAACAAGGUGACAUAAAAAUAGAAAAGAGGAUGUUCUUUCUUGAAAAUAAGCGACGACAUUGUAGGUCCUAUGACCGACGUGCUCUCCUUCCAGCUGUGCAACAAGAGCAGGAGUUCUAUGAGCAGAAAAUCAAAGAGAUGGCAGAGCGUGAAGACUUUUUGCUUGCCCUACAGAUGAAUGAAGAACAGUAUCAAAAGGACGGCCAGCUGAUUGAGUGUCGCUGCUGCUAUGGGGAAUUUCCAUUCGAGGAGCUGACGCAGUGCGCAGAUGCUCACUUGUUCUGCAAAGAGUGUCUCAUCAGAUAUGCCCAAGAGGCAGUCUUUGGAUCUGGAAAGUUGGAGCUCAGCUGCAUGGAAGGCAGCUGCACGUGUUCGUUCCCAACCAGUGAGCUGGAGAAGGUGCUCCCCCAGACCAUCCUGUAUAAGUACUAUGAGCGAAAAGCCGAGGAGGAGGUCGCAGCAGCCUACGCCGACGAGCUUGUCAGGUGCCCGUCCUGUAGCUUUCCGGCUCUGUUGGACAGUGAUGUGAAGAGGUUCAGCUGUCCUAAUCCUCACUGCCGAAAGGAAACCUGUAGGAAGUGUCAGGGACUCUGGAAAGAACAUAAUGGCCUCACCUGUGAAGAGCUGGCUGAAAAAGACGACAUCAAGUACCGUACCUCUAUUGAAGAAAAAAUGACUGCUGCCCGCAUUAGAAAAUGCCACAAGUGUGGGACUGGCCUCAUCAAAUCUGAAGGCUGCAACCGCAUGUCUUGCCGCUGUGGUGCCCAGAUGUGCUACCUCUGUCGAGUUUCUAUUAAUGGAUAUGACCAUUUCUGCCAACAUCCCCGCUCACCAGGAGCCCCUUGCCAGGAGUGUUCAAGAUGCUCUCUCUGGACCGAUCCCACUUCAUCUAGGCUGGUGUGAAGCUAACGCAGUCCAGGCCACGAGCUCUGUUCUCAGGACCCCUGCGGGGGGACGUGGUCACUUCUGCAGUCACUGGCUGUGUGUGCCUCUUGGUCAGGAUGAAGUCCAAUCAUCAGUUCCACUCAUCGUCGCUUCCUGUCCCUUCAUCUGCACACAUGUCUGGAGGAGACGGCCCAGGACCUCUGGCUUUGCUUCUCCCCAGGAGAAGGUGCCAGUUAAACCCGCAGGAGAGGGACUCAGGUGAGCACCGGCUUCUGAGUCAGGUCCCACGCUCCCCAUCUUGCUGGGUGUGAGUCACCCAAGGUGGGGUGGUGAGAGCCCUGGCAGCGGUAUGGCACACCUGGGCCUGGCAUUAGCCGUAAAGUGGGAAUCGCCGCAGCAUCUUCCUCAGGCUGUGAGAACUGGGGAGGGGAGACAGGAAAAGUGCUUGGCCGAGGACGGCAGGGAGGGCAGAGCGGCUGUGAUGGUGGUGGUUGCGCCGUCCCACAGAGCUGUGCUGUCCCUUCCCACGUUUCCAGUGAUUCCUUGCGGAUAAAAGCCUAAUCCUUUGACCAGACCAACCUCUCAGGGUCAUCUGAGACUGUCAGCCCCACCUGGGACCCCCGGGAGCACCUAGUCCACACCCACACCUGGCAGGUGCCUGCGUGCCCGGCUGCUCACCUGUGCACGUGCCCUGAGUGUACCUGGGUGCAGACCUGGACGGCGCUGCUCAGCUGGGCAGUCCCAGGGCACUUGGCCCCUAGUAGGUGCCACAGAGAAACCGGCACCAGGUGGCAGGGAACAGGCUGAGUCUGUGGAGGGGACCCACUGGGGUGGCCCAGGAGGCUGGGAAGGCUUCCAGGAGAGGCCCCGCCUGCUGCUCAUCCUCAUUGCCUGACCCUUGUCCAAGUGCAGACCGCAGGGCCGGGGAUGCUGACUGGCCAGUUCCAGGUGUUCCUGAGAACCAGAUCUUAAAUCAGCUCCUCGGGAUGCAGUCACGCGUUGGCCUUGGUGGAGACUUCCCCAAGGGCAGGAGUCCUGGAGGACGCUGCCAAAUGGCCUCUGGGUGAAAGGGUACAGUUGGGGGUACAUCUGAGAGAGGCUCAGAAGACAGUCCAAGGAGACUGGGCACCAGUGGGGGUCCACGAACAGGGAGAAUCCACAGGGAUGGCCAGGCCCUGUCCUGGGAGCUGAAGGAACUGGUCCCAGGGGCACUUCGGGGCAGGGGUGAGGAGGCCAUGGCACCACAGGGUGGGGCUGAGCACGGCCACCCCAGGCAGUGAGGCCCGAAGGCCUGGGAAUAGCAGCAGGGAGCGGGUGGGACACAGGGCUGAGCAGGCCAGGCCCCAAGGAGCACGUGCUUUUCUGGACAGGCAGAGGGACAGUGCCCUGUGUUCCAGGACACACAGAUGCAUGAGGAGGAGGAGGCCAGCCAGCAGCAAGGAGGAGAGCCAGGGCACCGAGCACCGGGAGGCAGCCCUCCCUCCCGCAAGCUCUCAGACCGCCGAUGCCCUCAGACCUAGCAGCAGCGCCCGUACCCCGCCAGGCCCCAUCUCCUCCCCUCCCUCAAAGCCUCACUUCUCCAGGGUCCAGCCCUGAUAUCUCUUUCCCAGGCCUUCCAGGAGCUGUCUGCCCUCCUGUCCCCCUGUCGGAUCCCCCUGCCCUGUAUAUUCCCCUAGGUCCCGCUUCUCACCCAUCUCAGUCAUCUAUGGCCACAUAAAACCACACCCCAAGGC